CCCACACCAAAACAUGUUCCAUAAAGUUUAAUACAAAACAUUCUUAAAAUUUAGCUUGUGAUUCAGCUGGGCAGAGUUUCCGUUUGGCGCUUCUUCUGUUUUGUAGCUGUUAAACGUGAGGUUGCUUGCUAUUGGAGCUUCUUUAAGUGAUUAGCGGCCUAGUUUUUCGCAGUUUGUGGAUGGUUGAGUAUAUGUUUUGUACUGUGAAACCUUUUUAUUUAUACCUGCCCAAUACUAAAACGAAGCAACACUGAGAGAGUAAUUAUAUUAAUUGAAUAUAUAUCGAACCUGAAGGCUGGCCUGAUAUUUUGAACUCCAAUGUAUUGGACAGUUCAUUUAGAAGGAGGUCCAAGACGAGUGAAUCAUGCAGCCGUUGUGGUUGAGGAUAAGAUUUUCUCUUUUGGAGGGUACUGUACAGGAGACAAUUAUCGGGAGCGUCGACCCAUGGACAUCCAUGUACUUAACACGUCAAAUUUCCGCUGGCAUGCGCUCCCUUUAUCGAAACAAAAUGACCCAGAUGCAGCAUGUGUUCCUUAUCAGAGAUAUGGCCAUACAGCUGUAGCAUAUGGAGACAAAAUUUUUGUGUGGGGCGGUAGAAAUGAUGAAGCAGCUUGUAAUGUCCUCUUUUGUUUUGACACAAGUACACUUCAGUGGAGUUGUCCAGAGGUUACUGGAAUGAUUCCGGGUGCUCGGGAUGGUCAUUCAGCAUGCGUUAUCAACCACUGCAUGUAUGUGUUUGGUGGUUUUGAAGAGGAGAUUGACAGAUUUUCACAGGAUGUUCAUGCUUUAGAUUUUCGUACAAUGCACUGGAAUUACAUUAUUACUCAGGGAGAACCACCAUCAUAUCGAGAUUUCCACUCUGCAACAGCACUUGAAGGUAGAAUGUACAUUUUUGGAGGGAGAGGAGAUCUUAAUGGACCUUAUCACUCACAAGAAGAAGUUUACUGUAGUGACAUCAUGUACCUUGACACUCAUACAGGCAGGUGGCACAGGCCUGUUACAUCUGGAGAUAUCCCAAUUGGUCGAAGAAGCCACUCAGCAUUUGUGUACAAAGGAAAUUUGUACAUUUUUGGAGGUUAUAAUGGGUUACAUGAUGAACACUUCAAUGAUCUCUACCGAUUUUCUUCAGAACAUAAUGAAUGGCAGCUUUUGAAACCUUUGGGUAAGCCUCCCAGCAAAAGAAGACGUCAAGCAUGUCUUUUGGUAGGGGAUAAGGUGUUCCUUUUUGGCGGCACAAGCCCUUUUCCAGUCCCAAAUCCCCAUGGGAUACAAGAUUAUGACAUUGAUGGCAACCAUCAGGGUCUGGAAGCAAAACUUGUAGACCACAGUGAUCUACACGUUCUGGAUUUUGCACCUACUUUACAUACCUUAUGCUUGCUUGUGGUAAUACAGAAUCAUCUCGAAGAGUUAUUGCUGCCUGAAGAUAUUAAUCUGUGUGUAGUAGCAUAACUCUCUGGCGUUUCACACUUCCCACCAAUAGCAGCCCUCUAGUCCACCUGCAUCACACCAGAACCGACUUUCCCCCGCAGGGAUUUUCUCGUGGCCGGUGGACAGUAUGUGGUUCUCUUUCAGGUGGGAGAUACGUGCUAUGACAACAAACAACCGUAUAAGUCGUCCAGUCAACAAUACAGGAUGAUGAAGUGAAACAGGCCCUUUUUUUACUUUCUGUAUAUAUUUGAAGUGUCUCAAAAAUGUACAUACAUAUUAAUAAUGAAGAACGUACAUAUAUAAUUCAGAAAAAGAUUAUAUUUUUUGUGUAUAGUAGCAGUGGUAUGUGCUGCAUGUUUAACUACUAAAGUGUCAGAAUUGGCCACCGUUAAUGUUUGUCUAGGGUCCUCCAGGUUGGGGGUUGGAAGAGAAUUUAGGAGGCCAUGGACCGAAUACGGACUGGAGAGCCAUAGAAGAAGAAUGUCUCUCUAGACAUCACUGACAGCAGUACAAGACUGAGUGAUAGACUUGCACUGCCCCCCCCCCUCCCCAUAACUGCACGUGAGUGCUCAGUUUCAUUUGUUCAUGGUUUUCUGCCAUACACUUUAUCCUGCAAGUGAACAAGUAAAAUUAUAGUGGAGCCAAGUCGGGUAUUCAGUGGUUCUUCUUUACUCUGCCUACCAAUCUGGGAAAUUUGCAUUCAGAUAGUCCCUGAUAUUGCAACAAAAAUAUGAGGGUUGGUAGUAAAAAAAAUUUCUCAUCUCCGUACAUUUGUUCAUUGCAAGUAACACCAUCUGUUGUACAUGACAUUACAUCAGGCUUCUUUAAUUUUGGUCCUGUCAUUAAUACUUGAAAAUAUUCUAAUGGAACCAGCAAUUACUUGUGGGUUCUUGUUGAAAUUGGAUAUAUCUUAUAUACUUUAUAGGGUAUUUACUUCCAUGUACCCGAGACAAACCUUGUCCCUAAGGUACAUAGUGCAGCAGCUGUUUCCGAAACACAUUUUGUUUUUAAUAUGUGUUACAUUUAUUAUAUAGUUUUAUUGUUAGAGAUGACUACAUAUUUUAUGACAGCGUCUUUUGAAUGAUGUAUCAAGAUCCCAAAAUGGCAGCUUUCUGCAGUUACCUGAUGCCGUGUUCACCCGGAAUGUUGGCCAAAUAUUUUCUAAGUGACUUGGAGACAGUUCCAGUUGCUCCUAUAAUUAUUGGAAUUAUUUUUGCUUUCACUUUCCACAUUCGCUGUAUUUCAAUGAGAUGGUCCUUAUAUUUCAAGAUCCUCUGCUUCCUUCAUAAUCACAUUCCUGUCAGGCGGUAUUGCUGUAUCAGUUAAUAGGCAAGUUCCAUUUUUGGUUUGGAUUAUAAUCUGUUUAUUAUUAAUAUUAUUAUUAUUUAAUUAAUGUUCAGUUAGUCUGCUAGCAGGUCAUGUAACAUGACCUGCAUGGGCUCUUGUAUAGUCACAGUGAUAUUGUGUAUUAAAAAUCAAAUUGAACUGAAUUACAACCAUCAAGAAAUAAUUUAAUAUAUGUUGUGCAUUUUAUAAUUGUAAUAAUGGUCCUUUUCUCUAUUGUUCAAGUCCAUGUUCUUUUUCACACUGCACUCAUCAUCUUCAAUCUUGUUAUAAGCGCAGCUCUCCACUCACUAAUUCUAUCACCAAAGUCUCUGUCACACAGCUGAAGUUUGUCUCUUUCUUGACUCGCAACAACAGUGACACUGCGUCUAGCCUGUGCACUUUUAUGCAUCCACAUCUUCAUUCCAGAACAUACUGGAGAUAUUAGAGCUUUGCUGGGAAGUUCAGGACCUUUUGAUGUCACUCAGGAAUGUACCAGAUUCCACAUUCUAAGUGUCUCUCAUCAUUCAUUCCCCCCUCUUAGGUUGGCAUGGUACACACCCAGCAAGUUGCUAGGAAUGAUAUCGCAGCAGUCUGAGUGUUCAUGUGACAAUAUGUUCUUUAUUAAAAUGCUUAUACCUUUUUGAGACAUCUGUAUACAUUUUGUAUUGAGAAAAUAUUGGAAGUUGUACAGUGCUUUGUUAAUUAUAUCUGAAGCAUUCAGAUAUUGCAUUUUGAAGAAGACUUUAAUACCAUAUGUAUUUCUACUCCUUAUCUGUGUGUACACCUGUUACCAUUAAGGCUUAUAAUUCAAGGACAAAACUGAAAGGUAAGAUAUAUUUAUAAUCUAUACAAAUGUAUGUUUUUGCAGUAUAUAUGGUAAACAUUUAGAAUAAAUGAUAUAUUAUCAGUUU